AUGAGAUCUGUCGACGUGAUCCCUGCGAUCGCAGAUAAACUUUUGAACUCAGUGUAUAACAACAUAAAGAUAACUGCUCCCGCGAAAUUUAAGCUAGACGAUCCGGUACGUGUCAGCAAAUUUACGACGAUCUUCGAGAAAGGUUUCACGCCUAAUUGGACCACAGAGAUAUUUCGAAUAGUUAAAGUGCAGCGAACCAAUCCCGCGACAUAUCUGUUGAAGGAUUUGCGAAACGAGCCGAUCGCCGGGGGAUUCUACGAGCACGAGUUGCUGCGCGUUUCCGAUCCCGAUGUGUAUCUCGUGGAGAAGGUGCUGCGUCGAAGGGACUAUGAGGUUUACAUGAAAUGGUUAGGAAUGGAAACGCAUAAUUCUUGGAUAAAUAAAGCAGCUGUAUUAUAA